AUGUCCGCCACAACAACCACGGAAAACCCCCGACCGCGGAAAUUCCCACCACCAUGUUGGACCCAGGAAGAAGCUCUAGCCCUAAUCGAAGCCUACAAGGACAGAUGGUACGCCCUCCGUCGUGGCUACCUGCGAACCGCCGACUGGGAGGCGGUGGCCGGUACGGUGGCCCAGCGCUGCCCCGACGCCUCCCCAGCCAAAACCUCCGCCCAGUGCCGCCACAAGAUGGAGAAGCUCCGCCAGCGCUACCGUGCCGAGAAACAGCGCGCUCUCUCCUUCCCUGGUAAAUUCUUCUCCUCCUGGUUCUUCUAUGAUAACAUGGAUUUCAUGGAAAAUCCGAAUGGGUCGUCCCCUACCGUUGGUUCUACGCAAGAAAUUGGUGAUCAAGGCAAUUCUGGUAAUGGGUUCGGAUUCAAAACCCUAAUUGAUCAGAGUUCGAUGAAAUUAGGGUCUAAUUUGAAGAAUAAUAAAAAAAAUGAUGGAGAUUCAAACCCCGGUUUUGGUUUUCGAGUAAAAAGUUGUGGAAGGUUAAAUGGAAAAGCUAGCCCUGAUUUUGGUCCUAGGGCUUUGAAUGGAUAUCCUUCAUACAUGGAUGUUGGAGAUGACAAAGAUCUGGAUGAUGGGAUGGAUUUUGGAACUGGGUUUCCAGUUAAAGGCCCUGUUGAUCCAAAUCUGGUGACUGUAGGUUUCAAAGCGAAGAAAUUUGGUAAGAUGUAUGGGAAUUUGAGAGAUUUUGAUCAUGAUGGUGGUGAAACUGCUGAUGUUGGUCCUGGAUUUCUUGUAGAAAACCCAAUUGAUCAGGAUUCGGUAACUCCAGGGUUCAGGGCAAAAAAGUUUGGUAAGAUUGGUAGGAAGUUGAAAACUGAUUAUGAGUGUGAUGGGGGUGAGCUUAAUGGCGGUGACGAAGAUGGUGGCUUUUGGGUGAAAAUACGAAGUGAUAAGAAUACAGUGCCUGCGGGGUUUAGGGGGAAGUAUAGUGGGAGGUAUGAUGGGAAUUCAAAUCCUAACCUAGAUUCUAACAAUAUAAAUGGGUUUUACUCUUCUUCGAGAGUAGGGUUUGGGGAAACUAGUAGUCGUAAAGGGAAUAAGAGAGGGAGGGAUCCAGUCGAAGAGAUUGUGUCAUCAAUUAAGUUUUUGGGAGAAGGGUUUAUGAAGAUGGAGAAAAUGAAGAUGGAUAUGGCAAGGGAUAUUGAGAAAAUGCGAAUGGAGAUGGAGAUGAAACGUAAUGAGUUGAUUCUUGAGUCUCAGAAACAGAUUGUGGAUGCUUUUGUGAAGGGAUUAUUUGAGAAUAAGAAGAAGGUGACAACGACCGUAGCACCUGAAUCAUAG